GGCGGGAAAUCCAAAUAAACACGAUGAGCAAAGCGGAGGAUAGGGUGAUUGUGCAGAGAGAUGACCUGGCACGCCUUGCCACUGAGAUCACACAGCUCAGACAGAACUUCCCCAAAGUUGUCAACAAACGGGUGACCAAUGCUAUAAGCAAGAUCGACAAUUUAGAAAUGGAAAUUGUCUGGCUCAAACAGAAAUAUGAAGAGGCAGAGGCAGAAACACAACACUGGAAGUCUCGCUGUGAGGUGGCCAUCGCAGACUGUCAGAAGGAAAAGCAGGACAACAUGCAGUUACGAUGUGAGGUUCGGGACCUGGGCCAACAGCUAUCUCAGCAGUCUGACUACUGCUCCAGUCUGGGGUCUGCCUGCUGUACACUACUCUGGAGGGUAUCUCGAUGUGAGGAGAGCAUCCAGUCCAUCCUGGUCGGGACCAAAGUGGACGAGUUUCUGUGUCUAGUUACCAGUACCCUACAGAGCUAUGUGUCCGCCUACAAGUCGGACUGGCCGAAAGAUGACCAGGAGGAAACGCAGUUUAUCUUGGCUCUUUGUGGAAUUAUCACAAACAUAGCAGCAUCUGCGUAUGGCCGAGACUUCCUCAUUACUAACCAGAACGGACGACAUGUCAUUGAUACCUACCUCAACGUUUUAUCCGAAGCUCCCAAUGGCAAAAGUGCUCGAUUAAAAAAUUUGAUCCUCAUGGCGUUGUACAACAUCAGUAUCAACCAGAAAGGAAUCAAGUAUAUCAACUCCAAAGGAGGCAUGCUUGGGUCACUCUCCUGGAUCUUACAGGAUGAGAAGGAGAGUGAGAACAAGACAAAUACACUACGUUUGAUCCAGUCUAUCCUGUGUGACGGAUCUCGGGUUGGGGCCAUACUUGAGCUCAAUGAAGUGCUGCCAAUGUCAGCAUUACAACAACUGACUAAGCAUAAAAGUCCAGAAGUACGACAGCUGGCACAGGAGAUCAUCUCUGACAUUCAACUACAGUCUGACACGGAACAGUGACUCAACUCCAGGCUCAACUACAGUCUGACACG